AUGGAUUAUCCAAGACCGAGCAGUGAUCGUUUCAUCAAGGCGAUGUUCAAACGACGUGGUCGUCCUGCGACUCUUUUCCAGCCAUUUCUCAAAAACCAAAGUGUCUUUCCCUUUACUAUAUUCGUGUCAUUACUGUCAUUUCUAAUGAGUUUGGAGACAUGGGAUGGUUCUUGGACCCUAACUUUUUUAUCUAUAGAGGAUCCAGAGGAUGCAGAGCUGGCGAGUACCCUGAGAGGUCUGCCCCCCAGACCAGAACAUGCGUUUCCUAGCCGAGAGGCGCAUGUGACGGACAGGGACCCGGAUGGCAGAGCCGGUCCUCACACCCCUGGCACACCCACUCUCAUGCGUCGAGUGUGGAGGAACCCGCAGGGCUCCGAACCAGACCUGCUGCACCGCUGUCACUUCAGUUCCACCAGCUCUCUAGAGUCUCCGCUUAGUCCUUCACGAUCUAAGAGCCAAUGGAGUAGACUAGAUCCUUAUGAUUCUCCUGAGGAUCAAGAUAAGGAAUAUGUGGGAUUUGCAACACUUCCCAACCAAGUACACAGGAAAUCAGUGAAAAAAGGCUUUGCCUUUACGUUGCUGGUAGCCGGGGAGUCCGGUUUAGGAAAGUCCACGUUGAUCAACAGUCUUUUCCUAACAGAUGUCUACAAGGACAGGACACUGCUGAAUGCUGAAGAAAGGAUCACUAAAACAUUGGAAAUCACCAAACAUUCCAUUAGCAUUGAGGAGAAAGGUGUGAAGCUCAAGCUCACCGUUGUGGACACGCCAGGCUUCGGAGAUGCUGUCAACAACACUGAGAGCUGGAAGCCCGUAGUGGAUUUUGUCGACCAUCAGUUUGAGCAGUAUUUCAGGGACGAGAGUGGGUUGAACCGCAAGAACAUUCAGGACAACCGAGUGCAUUGCUGCCUCUAUUUCAUCUCACCAUAUGGCCAUGGCCUCAGGCCGGUCGAUGUGGAGUUCAUGAGGGCGCUACAUGAGAAGGUCAACAUAGUGCCAGUGCUGGGUAAAGCAGACUGCCUCACAUCACUGGAAGUGUCACGGAAGAAAAAAAAGAUACGAGAGGAGAUCGAGAGGUUUGGGAUCAACAUCUACCAGUUCCCGGAGUGUGACUCGGAUGAGGACGAUGACGAAGUUAAAAUCCGAGAUCAAGACCUGGAAGACAGUAUUCCCUUUGCUGUAGUCGGCAGUAAUGUUCUCGUUGAAAUCAAAGGCAGGACAGUCCGAGGCCGUGCGUAUCCUUGGGGUGUGGUCGAAGUGGAAAACCCCGCCCACUCGGACUUCCUGAAGCUUAGGAACAUGCUGGUUCGUACCCACAUGCAAGACCUGAAGGACGUGACGCAGGAAACCCAUUAUGAGAACUACCGCUCCGAGUGCAUCCGGAACAUGACACGCAUGGUGGUCCGAGAGAGAAAACGCAGCCUUUGUAACUAUCUGAGAGACAGCAACACAGACUUACCCCUGGUGCCCGUGGACGAUGAAACAGAGCGGCUCAUUUGGGAGAAAGACGAGGAGCUACAAAGAAUGCAGGAGAUGCUACAAAGGAUCCAAGAGCAGAUGCAGCAUGGAAAGUGA